AUGCCAGACCCAGACUUCAGCCGUUCCAGAAAGCGCAAGUUGUCGGAGGGCCAGCCUUCUGUCGCCCCUCAUUUGCUGCUUUCCCAGGAGCAGCAACUUAUGCCAAACUUGGGUGCCACUACGGUCCAAAAUCAAUCCCUUUAUAAUUCCUACGGUUCCUUAAAAUACACGAACGGGGAGCGCCUUUGCGGGGGCUUUAAGCGCAAGCCUGAAGAGUCUUUCGACAGUUCUAAGGUUGGAAUAUCGGGCCAGUCAGUAAGUUCACUGCCUGCAUCAAAAGUCUCGAUCAAAACGAGUAGCAAGCAGUUGCCAUCUAAGACGAGCGCCAGAUCGAAGCCAAGUGCCGAGGGUGAAUACCAGUUGAUCAAAAAUGAGGUGCUCGUCUCUCCUUACCGGAAUCAGUAUGAAGUGCUCGAUUUCCUCGGUAAGGGCACUUUUGGGCAGGUAGUUAAAGCGUGGAAAAAAGGUACUAAUGAAAUUGUUGCCAUCAAAAUUUUGAAGAAGCAUCCGUCAUAUGCUCGACAAGGUCAAAUAGAGGUUUCUAUAUUGUCAAGAUUGAGUAAUGAAAAUGCAGAAGAGUUUAAUUUCGUACGUGCUUUCGAAUGUUUCCAACAUAAGCAGCACACUUGUCUCGUUUUUGAGAUGCUGGAGCAGAAUCUUUAUGAUUUUUUAAAGCAGAACAAAUUUACUCCUUUGCCGCUGUCGAGCAUUCGUCCAAUUGUUGAACAGGUGCUCACAGCAUUAUUGAAACUUAAACACCUCGGGUUGAUUCAUGCCGAUUUAAAGCCGGAAAAUAUAAUGCUCGUCGACCCUACAAAUCAGCCUUUCCGAGUUAAAGUGAUCGAUUUUGGGUCUGCGUCGCACAGGAGCAAAGCAGUAACGAACACUUACCUCCAGUCUCGUUAUUACAGAGCGCCUGAAAUUAUAUUAGGAUUGCCCUUUCGGGAAGCUAUUGAUAUGUGGUCACUAGGGUGUGUCAUCGCCGAACUAUUUUUGGGUUGGCCAUUGUAUCCUGGCAGUAGUGAAUAUGAUCAGAUGAGGUACAUUGUCCAAACACAAGGCUUGCCGCCUGUUCAGAUGUUGCAGCUUGCUAUGAAAACUCAUCGCUUUUUUAAACAGGUGGAAAAUGGUGGCGCUACGUAUUGGAGGCUAAAAACGUUAGAAGAGCAUGAGCAUGAAUCCCCUUCAAAAUCGAAAGAGACGCGUAAAUACGUCUUCAAUUGUCUUGAUGAUGUUGCUCAAGUUCGGCCUAUUGAAGCAGACGGGUUGGAUGGCAUAUGUGAGAAAGUGGAUCGGUUGGAAUUUGUAGAUUUAUUAAAAAAGAUGUUAUCUAUGGACCAGGACAAAAGAAUAGCUCCUUACGAUGGACUUCAACAUCCGUUUGUUACAAUGACACAUAUAGCAGAUUAUUGUCGGUCCAACUUCCAAGUUUCAAUGCAGCGCAUGGAAGUAUGUGCACGGAACGUACGUACUCAAGUUCAGCCGCAGUUGUUCCAACCGAGAAAUGUUGCAGCAGCACCAGCCGCCCCUGCUGUUGGUGCAUCAGCACCAAUACUCGCAGCCCCUGUAGCUGCGGCUUCAUCAUCUGCUGCAGUGCCGCAAGUUCCUCCGUUGCAACAAACUGAUUUCAGUCACAUUCUUAGUCAGUAUGGUGCUACGGCUGCUGCAGCCGUUACUGGUGUGCAAGGCGGAAAUCCAUCGUACAUUUAUCAGCCGUUAGCUGCCGUUCUUCCUUAUGAACUUGCAGCACGACAGACUCAGUUUGUUGGUUUUCCUAGUGCUCAUGCGACUACACCACUUAUACCACAACUUGUUCCAGUAUCGCUGAUUGAUCCUCAGCUGCUGGCCGCUGCAUCGGCUCUUCCUCAAGCUCCUACUGCGUGGCAUGCUGCAGCUCCGGCGCCUCUUCUUUCGUGGUCUGCAGCAUGUGCUGCAACUGCUGCUCAAAGACCAGCAGCUGGUGCUGCUUUAUUUCCUAGUGACUUUUUCCUACCUAAUCCAGCAACUGUGCAAGCACUUACUUCUCCUCGAAAUGCAGCUGCUGUGGCUGCAUUAGCUGCGCAGCAGUUCUCACAUAUCUUUCCAAAUCAGCCGAAAACGUAUCCUGAGCUUGGUAUGGGACAAUCUCAGGAUGAUUGGGUGCAGCCAUACGUGUCCGCUUCUCGACGUGGGGCUGCGGGAAGUAACAGUAGCGGUACAGCUUCAAUCAGUGGCAGUAAUGGUUUUCGGAGCCAACAGAAUCAAGGUGGUAUAGUGAAAGACCCUGCUAUUAUUGCUACUGGGCCAAGGAUGAGCAAUAAGGACAGUUCAAAACUUGUUGAAGGCACACGACAAAACAGACUAGGAAGGGAAAGGAGUCCAUCGCCAUCAGUUUCAGUUAUCACAUUAUUGUCUUCGGAUGAAGACACUAGUCGGCAGACCCUUGGGGUGUCAAGCAGUGAGAGCACGAGUGUUGCGUCUACAUCGUUGACGUCUUCGCUUUUCGGCAGCACGUCUGGCACUGGCUCUGUAGUACUUCCAACGUCAGCUGUGCGGAAAAGCACAAGAUGUGCUGUUGUUCGUCCUAUGGUUGAUGUGAGCGUCAAAAGGGAACCAGCUAAUGACGUCGCUAACAAUUUACGUCAAUUGAUGCCUAACUUGGGCUUGACUGUCCCGCCUGCUAAUUUUUAUCCGGAAGUCCUCUACAGACAAUUAAGGGAUGACCAGAUGGCGCAUACAAAGUAGUU